AUGAAGUUGAACAUCAAGUUCAUCAUGAAUCUUGAAGAAGUGUGGCAAGUCUAUGGGACUCAGCUGAACCAACAAGCAGACUUUGGAAACUUGAUGAUUCACACUUUGUUUGAGAAACUAACAUUGAACACCGAUCAAGUUCUAAAGACUCAAAAAAUGAAAGAGGAAACUGUUCAUUCUGAUCCACUGGCUCUUGUUGUUGAAAAGAAGUCUUCUAGUGGUUCAAGGAAAAGCAGAAUUGAACUUGAAACUGAUUCGGAGGUGAGUGAUGUAAGUGAUCCUGAACUAGAUGAAAAGGAUAUUGAGAUGUAUAAAGAGUUAGCUUACUUCACCAAAGCUUUCAAGAAGAAGUUCUUCAAAAAGAAGCCUACCAACAAUAAGCUUCGGUCUUCCUCAGUUUCAUCAUAUGCCAAGAAUUCAAGUGUUCCUAAGUUUGAGACUUACAAGGAACCAGUUGGAGAAAAGAAGUUUGAGAGUGAGAAAAAGUUUGAAAGGAAAGUCUUGGAGAAGAAGAAUGGGGAGAGAAAAUGCUAUAAUUGUGGAAUUCCUGGUCAUAUUGCCACAGAGUAUACCAAACCUCGAAAGAAGAAUUCAGAGUACUAUCACUACAAGCUUAUGUUGGCAAAGCAAGAAGAAAGUGGAAUUGCCCUUCUAGUUGAAGAUGACAAAUGGCUUGAUCUCACUGAUGAUGAGACUGAUGAACUGGCAGCAAAUGUGUGCUUCAUGACGAAGAUCAAGAAGUCAAAGGAACUCGAUGAUGAAGCUGCAGAUUAUACUGAAGAGGAUGAUGAGGUAAUCACAAUUCCCAAGAAACUUUUAGGUUUUUACAUGGAUAAAAGUGAAGCAGCUAUUGAAGAAGAAUUUGACAAUUUGAAAUCUGAAAAAGCUGCAGUCACUUUUACUCCAAAUUCCAAGCUUCAUCUUGAGAAACAAGAACAUGAAACCAAAGUUCUUGAAUUAAACAAGAUCAUGACACAAUUGGAAGUCGAGAAGACAAAUGAGAUGCUUCGGGCAAAUGCUUUGGCAGAGGACAUAGAGUCUUUAAAUAUCAAAUUGAAUGAGUCUACCCCUGGGUUGAAAGAAUUGGAAGAUCAAAUUUUUAACCUAAAAUAUGAUUGCUGGUUAGGAUAUGUCAAUCCAGAACAUUUUCUCAAAGCACAAGAAGAGGUUCCUUUACUAUAUAAAGAAUGUCAUACGAAAAGUGGGAUGACUGAUCAAUUUGUGAGACCAAGUCAUGGUGAUGUCGAGGAAGGUGAUUUUCUAAAAAAGGGUGCAAAUGUUUACUUCAAUUAUGAAUUAAUUGAUGAGUCAUUUGAUUUUUUAAAUCGCCUUGUGUGUCAAAGCAAUAAAGAUAAUCAUGAGGUAGAGGUUCCUGAAAUACUUGAGUGUUUUAAGGAAAAACCUUUGGAUGAUUCAACUUCAUUUCCAAAACCUGAAAUUGCCAGACCUUAUAUACCACAAAGUGUUUUGGAAAAAGAAAUUGAUGAUUUGAAAAUGUCUGUUGAUGAAAAACAUGCACUCAUAGAAAAUCUAAAGGCUCAAAAUCACUGUGAUAACAAAAGAAACCCAUCCAAGACAAAUACUUCAAUUUGUGACCAACCGGGGUGUUCUGUAUGUGAAAUCAUGAAUGAACCUGAGCAAACCAAUUCUGAAAACACUAAAACUUCAAAUCAGUCUACUUGUUCUAUGUGUGAAAUUUUGAAUGCAUCUGUUCAAUUUGAUCUUGAAGUUGUGAAUGUUUCUUUUCAACUUGACUAUGCUCAAGAUGAAUGUGAUGAUGUUUCUGAAUAUCUGAUUUGUGUAUGGUAUGUUGACUCGGGAUGUUCUCGUCACAUGACUGGAAAUAAGUCAAUACUCACCAAUUUUGUUGAGAAAUUUAUGGGAACAGUCAUAUUUGGAAAUGAUCAUAUUGCCCCUAUUCUUAGUUAUGGGGACAUUGUCAAGAAUGGAAUUACUAUCAAGAGAGUUUCCUAUGUUGAAGGAUUAGCCUCUGCAGAAAAUUCAUGGUUAUGGCAUCGUCGUUUGUCUCAUCUUAACUUUCAAACUAUCAAUGCUUUAGUGGACAAACAGCUUGUUGAAGGUCUUCCUGAUUACAAGUACGAAUGCGAACAUGUUUGUCCAGCUUGUGCUAUUGGCAAGAUGAAGAAGGCAUCUCACAAACCAAAGAAUUAUCUGAGUACCGAAGGUUCUUUGCAUCUUUUGCAUAUGGAUUUAUGUGGACCAAUGAAAGUUAAAAGCAUUCAUGGAAAAAGAUACAUUCUUGUCAUUGUUGAUGAUUUUUCUCGUUACACUUGGGUUUUGUUUCUUCAUGUUAAAAGUGAUGCUCCAAAGGAAAUCAUUGAUUUCAUCAAACAAACCCCAGUCAAUCUUCAAUCUUCAGUUCGAAUUGUUCGUUCUGACAAUGGCACAGAAUUCAAGAAUGCAACAAUUGAUUCUUUCUUUAAAUCGCUAGGCAUUACUCAUCAAAUUUCUGCCACAAGAACACCUCAACAAAAUGGAGUAGUUGAACAUCAAAAUCGCACUCUUGUUGAAGCAGCUAGAACAAUGCUUGCCUAUUUAAAGCUGCCUCCAAAUCUUUGGGUUGAAGCUGUAGCUACUGCUUGUUUUACUCAGAAUAGGUCCAUUAUCAACAAGAGAUUUGACAAAACUCCAUAUGAGGUGAUCAAUAAAAGGAAACUCAAUGUGAACUUCUUACACAUUUUUGGAUGUGUUUGCUAUGUUCUCAAUGAUAAAGACAAUUUGGGUAAAUUUGAACCAAAAGGUGAUGAGGCAUAUUUUAUUGGUUACUCAAGAGAAUCGAUUGCAUAUCGUGUGUACAAUCGCUAG